UUAAACUAUUAACAUAUAUUUGUUCUUCUCCUUGGAAAAAAAAUACCUCAGAAAUGCAGCAGCAACAGCUCAAUAUCUCUUGGGUUCGCAUAUUCUCAAUUACUUUGUUAACAUUGCUCGGAACAACCCAGAAUGCCUCUGCUUGUGAAAAAUCCAAAUGCGGGGAUCAUGGCGAGGCCAUCCAUAUUCUGUUUCGCCGUGGACAUCCCUGUAGUCCGACAUCUGAUUGCCAUGCGAAUGAGGCUGACUACGGACAGGAGCACCGAGCGGUAGUGGUGAAAUUCUUGGUGAAGCGCAUAGAUUACAAGCAUCAGGAAGUCCAAGUCUAUCACCCGCGUAAAUGCCUGCUGUUAAAGCCUUUAGAAGUUGAUAACAUCAACAUGUCAUUGCCAGCCUCUCAAUUCUACUUCCAAGAAUCCAUGCCUUCCAACGCUACCUUAUUCCACUGUCCUGUUGAAAGAGAGUUAGACGGUGCUAAAGUCCCCUGCAUUAGUGGCCCUGGCUACAGAGUUUAUGCCAUUGAAUCUUCCUACGAAACUAUGUACUAUCCGCUCCUAGAGUCGUGUACAAAGAUGUACGAUGUUUUGUCGAUUCCACAGAUGUACUAUUAUUAUAGUGAGGUUCCUAAUUUGAAAUGGAAGAAACCAAAUUGUAGAGAGUGUGAGGCAGAGGGCAACAAGUGUAGAAUCAAGUACAACCACACCAACACUGAAAUUCAAUGUGUUCGCUUGAGCAAACCUAGUGUAACAUGGAAAUUUGCCGCCGUAGGUGGUACAACCCUGGGAUCAUUUGUUGUAUUACUUCUGCUGGUCGUUGCAGCCUAUCGUGUCUAUAGGUCUAAUCGAAAAGAAAAGGAGAGUCAAUUGAAGAUUGAAAAGUUUUUAGAAGAUUACAACGCUCAGAAACCAAGCAGGUAUUCCUAUGCAGAUAUUAAGAGGAUCACAAACCAAUUCCAGGACAAGUUAGGCCAAGGAGCCUAUGGAACUGUUUUCAAAGGAAAACUUUCUUCUGAAUGCUUUGUUGCUGUAAAAGUUCUCAAUAGUUCCAACGGAAAUGGGGAAGAUUUCAUAAGGGAAGUUGGAAUGAUGGGAAGUAUCCACCAUGUCAACGUGGUUCGUUUGGUUGGUUUCUGUGCUGAUGGGUUUAACAGAGCUCUCGUUUAUGAGUUCUUCGCCAAUGGUUCACUGCACGAUUUCAUUUCAUCGGCAGACAAUAACAAUCGUUUCCUUGGUUGGGACAAGUUGCAAGAUAUUGCUCUUGCUGUAGCCAAGGGAAUUUAUUAUCUUCAUCAGGAAUGUGAGCAACGAAUCCUCCAUUUCGACAUCAAGCCUCAUAAUGUUUUAUUAGACGACAAUUUCACUCCAAAAAUUUCUGAUUUUGGUUUGGCCAAGUUGUGUUCUAAGGAUCAAAGCAUAGUGUCCAUGACUACAGCUAGAGGGACUAUGGGCUACAUUGCACCUGAAGUGUUCUCCAGGAACUUUGGAAAUGUGUCCUAUAAGUCGGACGUCUAUAGUUUUGGAAUGCUGCUGCUUGAGAUGGUAGGGGGAAGGAAGAAUAUUGAUUCAACCUCAGCAAUCCCAACUGAAAUUUACUAUCCAGAAUGGAUCUAUAAUCUCCUAGAAGAAGGAGACGACCUACGAAUCCAUCUUGGGGAGGAAGGAGAUGGUAAAACUCCAAAGAAACUCGCAAUUGUAGGGCUCUGGUGCAUCCAGUGGCAUCCAGCGGGUCGUCCUUCCAUGAAAGAAGUUGUUCAAAUGCUGGAAGGAGGAGAAAACUUAACCAUGCCUCCCAAUCCUUUUGCAUCUACAGGUCCUGCACGAACAAAUGCAACUACACCUGCAAGAAAUCUAAACAUUCAGUUAGAAGCUAUUGCUGAAUUAGAGUAACAUAUCUACUUAGAUAUAUAGAUAGUUAUGUGCGCACACACUUAUGUAUGUUAAUAAGGACUCCUGAGAAGUGUAACCAUUGUACCUAAGUACCAUAUGUGCUCGAUAGCUCGAGGUGUUUGUCCGACUACGUAAUUACAUUCGAGGUUUGUUGGA